GCCCUCGUUUUUUAACGGUAGAGCAUUCGACAAUUUUCAGAAUUCGUUUUGAAAAACUGCCAUUCGAUCCACACUACAUUGGUGUCGACCAUCAGUCGAGGAGAAACAGCUGCCAAGUAAAGACGCUUUCCGAUAAGCAUAUUGUGUUAGCAAGUAGUGACUACUACUAUGAAAAUACAUAAUAUCACAACUGCAUGAAAAGUGUCGAAGUGCACAAAUAAUCAUCGUGUGCUAAAAAUAAAAUAUCGUUGUACAUACAAACACACAUAUAUAUAUAUAUGUAUAUAUGCAUAUGCAAUUAUAUCCAUAUAAAUACUUUGAAAUGAAGCAGAUAUAAACAUUUAGUGAAUGAAUCGAAAAUUAUACGAACACUAACGGGAAUAAAUUUAAUAUAAAAAAAUAUUACUUAGGAAUAGUACAAUAUUCAAAAUUGUUCAAACAUGUCUACCUCACCUCCUGAUUCUCUCACGACAAAUAAUUGUGCCGUGUGCCAAACACCUGCGAAGCUAUAUUGCUCAGCAUGCAAGCUAGUAAAAUAUUGCGGCGCUGAUCAUCAGAGGCAGCACUGGAAGCAACAUAAGACCGAAUGCCGGCCAUUUCGCAUAGCAAAAGACAAGGUUUUAGGUCGCUAUUUAAAAGCCACGCGCCCAAUUAAGGCUGGCACGGUUAUUUUCGCUGAAAUGCCUAUUAUUGUCGGUCCAAAGUGGUAUCUGAAUGAGCGCGAGGAACAAGUGCCUGUUAUGCCAUGUGUGGGUUGUUUCACACCCUGUAGAAUGGGAGCACAUCAUUGCCCCAAAUGCUUUUGGCCAACAUGUUCACCGAACUGCGGUGGGUUAGAUAACCCUAAUCUUCAUGGUCUUGAAUGUUCUAUAUUAAUGUUGGGACCUGGACCCGCUUCCUCGGACCCCCGUUCACUCAUCGACUACUAUCGCUCUGAUGCCUUGGUUGUCUUAAAAUGUUUGUUGCUCCAACGUCAAAAUCCCAAAAAAUGGACGGAAUUGAUGGACAUGCAAAGCCAUGAGGUGGAACGCAUUGGCUCCGAGUUACACAACGAUGCAGAGAAAAGGGUUGUAUCUUAUCUUCAACGAAACUUCUUACAACGCCUUAAAAGUGUGGAGCAAAAACAAAAGGAAACAUAUCUGCAAGAGUAUGACACAGCAGUACUACAUCGAAUUUGCGGUAUUAUUGAGACGAAUUAUAUGUGCAUUAGUUUGCCGUCUGGCAUGGAGUUAAGUGGUGUUUACUACACCGCCUGCAUGAUGGAACACGCUUGCCAACCAAAUUGUUAUUUUCAAUUCGAUCAGCGCAAAGGCUUCAGAAUUUCUGUCAUAGCCGGUAGAGAUAUUGAGCGUUACGAACACCUGAUUAUCAUGUACUCGAAUAUGCUGUGGGGCACUCAGAUGCGUCAGGAACACUUGGCAAUGACAAAGCAUUUCCUCUGUAAAUGUGAACGCUGUCGCGAUCCUACCGAGUAUGGUUCGAAUUUCAGUGCAAUGCUAUGUAUGGGCGAUGAGGGCGAGUCAUGUGAUGGCAUUCACUUGCCAAAGGAUCCACUUGACAUGAAAAGUGAUUGGGCAUGCACCAAGUGCCCUAUCAUGAUCAGUGGGGAAGAGGUGCGAUAUCUUCUCACGCAAAUGACCGAAGAAGUUGACAAUCUACUAUCACGCAAGCCUACAGUUAAGCAAUUGGAAGCGCUGAUUAACAAACUUUCGAAGUUUCUGCACCCUCAUCACUACCAUUUAUUCAAUUUGAAGCAUACGCUCAUACAACUAUACGGCACCGAAAUCGGCUACUCACUGAGAAAUUUAAGUGACUCACUGCUGAAUAAGAAAUUAGAGUUGUGCAAGGAACUCUAUGACAUUUGCCAGAAACUGGAUCCAUACACUAUUCGUUUGUCCAUUUACGUGGGUAUUAUUUUGUUUGAAAUGCAAACGGUUCAAAUUGAGCUGGGUAAACGCCUGCUGGUAAACGGCAACAAGACUGAAGAGCAAGUCGCUACCGCAUUGGAUUAUUUCAAUUCUGCUCGCGAGAAACUGCUGAAAGCCGCUAAGAUCUUGGAGAAAGAGCUGGACAAUGUGGCAGGUAGCAAAUUGAGCGAUGCUGUAUUGAAAUCACUCACCGAAUUGGAUACGCUAAUCAACAACAAUAGCUAAUUGGAUUUUUGUAGGCAUCCAAUGAGUGUUUUUCUAUAUUUAUAUAAAUUUUUUAAAAUGAAUGUCAACUUAAACGUCAUCUCAACUCGUAUUUUUUACCAUGUCGCAUUCGCAUUUCAUAUUUACUUUCAUGAGCGUUACGUAUAAGAAAACAAAAAUAACAAAUUGUAAUGUCUGUCUUGCGUUUUUAAUUAAAUUUAAAUCUUGUUUACAUAAGA